AUAAAAAAAUAAAUAUACGAAACCAAAAUUGUACGCAGAUUGAAAGUCGCUGAAAAAGAGAACCAGAAAGAGCAGAAAAUUAGUGAUAGAGAGAGAAAAAUUUCCCAAACUUUCGAAAAUAUAAGGAAUUUUGAAUCCAUAAAUUAUUACGAGAAAUUAAAUCAUUUUUAAGAACGAUUAGGAAAUUGAAAUAAGAAUAGAAUGAUAUUUGGUUUGCCAAUGGAGUUAUCGAUGAGGAUAUACGCCUGUAUAUUGAUGUGCAUAGUGGCGGCAUCCGCGGCGUCAUUUCCUCCUCCGUCGCCUACAUCCUUUUGUGUCGGGGAAUCCAAAACGUUUCUCCACGAUCUGAAGACUCAGUGCCCCGUCUCGAUCCCCUUAUCUUCUUUCCCUAUUCAGAUGGAUGGAGAAUCAUUUGAUAGAUCACUGAGCUCCAAUCAGGAUAAUGUAUAUACUGCCAUUUUGUUCUAUGCUUCCUGGUGUCCUUUUUCAAGCAUCUUUCAGUCGAGGUUUGCUGCUACCAGUAACAUGUUCCCGCAGAUUAAACAUGUAAUGAUUGAACAAUCUUCAGCCAUGCCCAGUGUUUUCUCUAGAUAUGGAAUUCAUUCUGUGCCCUCGCUACUGAUUGUGAAUCAGACAGCACGAAUGAAAUAUCAUGGUCGCAAAGAUUUUCACUCACUUGUCGACUUCUAUAAAAGAACUACAGGGCUUUAUCCAGUAGCGGAGAUGAGCGAAGAUAGAGUAAGUUCUUCAGAGAAUGAUCAGAAAGUCCUUCAGAUUUGGAGUGGAUCCUCGUUGAAGGACACAUUCUCACGGGAACCUUAUCUAGUACUUUCUGUAGUAUUCGUCUUCUCAAGGGCUUUUAUACAUUUUUUCCCAGAGAUCGUAGCUCAUGCAAUGGCAUUGUGGCUUGAACACAUUCCUCAUCUGAAUAUGGGAAUCUUUGGAGAGUCAAGGCAGCUUUUAGGACGUGUCUUCCAACUGAUUGAUAUCAAGAGAAUUUGGAGCAAGUUGAAGCUGUGUAAAACUAGGAACUUCCUUAGAGGGGCUAGAAAUGCUCGGGUUUGGGCUUCAUCUCUGGCAUCCGUUUCCUUGGGCGAGUCGUCCUCAACAAGAGCAUUCCCAUCCAGAGACUUGUAAACUAGCUUGUGUGCGUUUCAUCUUGAAGCUCAGUAACACGGAACUUGUUUGUAUCAGAUUGCAAGAACUGGCUUCUACAGCACUUAGAUUCAAGUUUUCUCUUGUAAGCUUUGCUCUAUCCUAUGUCCUCUAUCUUGAGAGUACUUACAUGUUAAACCAUCAUAUGUCCCCUUCAGUGUCGUCUCAGUAGAACAAAUCAGUUGUGUAAAUUUGAGAACAUAUCUCCGAUGUAUAUUACCUAGUAAUUGAGAGAGAUCCCGACUCCUAUUGGUUGAAGUUUGCAA